UAAGACCGGGUUUCGGCCUCGAGAUGCGCGCGCGCACACCCACCGACCGCUCAAUAAAAACCAAACGUAGCACGUAUUAUAUUUUUUUCUAUCCCGAUUUUUCCGAAAAUCCCGUAGCCGGGUAACGAAUCGAACACCAAAAAGAAAAACCCGGACAAUAAUAAUGUCUGUGAUGAAAACGAAGUGAUAUUUUCGAAGUGAAAGGACUUAUCCCGUCAAUAUGAAGUUCCAAAUUGACGUUUUGGGGAUAUUUUUGAAAGUUGUCGUUAGGAUCAACAAAGUGACGUUCGCACCGCUGGUGGUGUCGACGCUGUUCAUCCUUCUGACCUCGCUACUAGCACAUUGUGCGAGGCGGCUGGUGCAGAAGACAGUCAAGGAACCUUUCGUGAGGCUACUGCUGGAAGAGGCGAUUGCUGCUGCCGAAUUAUGCGGGUGCUGUUUUGAACUGAUUGUUGUGGCGGACCAUUUCGGCGUGGCCACGUACGCGAUCUUCUUAUUCGUGCUCACGAUUUGGUGGUCGUUGAACUGGGGCGACGCGACGGCGUGUCCUUAUACACACAUUGAAGAUGUCAUAGAAGGCCGCGGUGACGUUAAGAAGGCUUUUCUGAAAACAUGGGCCGAGCUAGCUGGUGGACUUUUAGUCUUUAAAUACGUGCAAACGUACUGGGCGUUAGAAAUAUCAGAAACACACAAAAACAAAGCUUCCGAAGACUGCACUGCUGAUUUACAGGUACCAGUUUUGUACGGAGCUAUGGUAGAAGGCAUAGCGACAUGUCUUUGCAGACUAGCAUCUAGGUCACUGAGCGAUCUCAACCCAAGAUAUGCCACUGCCAUCGACUCUUUUAUUGGAACAUCACUAGUAGUUGCUGGUCUCCUCACUAGGGACACGGUAUACGUCUACCGCUAUGAGGACAGUAGUGCUAACGCAGACCUCAGUGUGUCCGUCUUUUGCAAAGUCCAUUUAGGAAAAGCUUUCGACUACUCUGGUGGAUACUUCAACCCAGUGCUGGCAACAUCUCUGAAGGCUGGCUGCGAAGGUCAUACUUUAAUGGAACACGCUUUGGUAUACUGGCUCGGCGCUUGCGCUGGUUCAAUCAUUUCAGUAUAUGUGUAUAAAAUACCUUCUAUACAGAAGUACGUUAAGGGUACCACCGAAGUAAACGGUGAUAGUUUUUGGGCGGAAAAAGAAGAUUAAGUCAACAUGUUUGGUUGGUUGUACUUUUACUUUAUUUUUAAUUGUUACCAAAAUCGCAAAUCUGUCACGCGCUCCAUUCGGUCCAGGCUUAAUAUUAUAAGAUAUACCUCAUUCUAUAAUGAGUACACAUAUCAUAUAUCGCACUCACCAACAUAAUGAAGUGAGAGCAAAAAAGAACAUGAUGAAGCAGAGCAGGACAGACAUAUGUCUGCGUUUCACGUGACGCGUCGGAGUAGCGUUCCUUCCUAUUAAGAAAUUAAUAAAAUUAGAAAAUCUGUAUCACUUUGCGCUGUCCUGAUGUUCACCCUCCACCUUAAAAUUGUACAAAAUAAUAUAGAAUACAUCCAUCGAUAAUGUCAGUCAGUAUUUUUAAAGGACCUGAAUAUCGCUGUUAUCUUCUCCGUAACGUGCAUUAAUUCAUUUUUCCUCGUUCUUCUGUAUUCUAGUCAUUUAAUUAUUAAGAUCGAAUGGGAAAUAAUUUAUUAUAAUAAAAACAUUAUGUUUUUAAAAAUAUAAACUUCUUUGUGCAUAUUAACAAUACCUUCAACCAACCUUUAGCGAUUAGUUUAUAUAACAAACGCCGGUUUAUUUUAUUAAAUGGAAUCCUAUUAAUUUUAGGAAAGU